CCCACCAAAGACAUUCCUCUGCAAAAAUUCCACAAAAGACGUGUCUUCACUUUUACUCCCAAAUCCCAUAAUUUCAGCUUUCAAAAGCUUCAAAAAGAUCCCUAAUGUUGGAGUGAACCAUCGUCGUCGUCGUCGUCAUCAUCAUCAUCAUCAUCAUCAGUUAAACAACAACAAAAUCUCCCUCCGAGAAUCUCUCUUUACAGUUUCAUUACAUCUCUCCAAAAAAAACCUCAUCUUUAUCUCCAAACAAACUCGAUGGCUCUUCCAUUACUCUCCUUCUUCCGCCAUUACUGUACUCUCACAAGCUUCUAAACCCGCGUCUUCGUCGACGUUAAUGGAAAUUCGGUAAUCCGCCAUGAAGUUCACGGUCCUACACUCCCAAUCCGACAAAGCAUUUUCCCCCGACAACAACACUUUCCGACGAGGACCCGCUAAGACGAGAUGGAGAAUCUCCUUGUAUCGGUCGUCGUCGUCUUCCUCCGAGAAUUCGCCGUCAAAGCAUGAGAUUCCGGCGGAAUUCCUCUGUCCGAUUUCUGGGUCGUUGAUAUCUGACCCAGUCAUCGUUUCCUCCGGUCACUCCUUCGAAAACGUCUGUGUUGUAGCCUGCAAAACCCUAGGCUUUACACCGAUCUCCUUGUUCCCGUCGUCGCCACCGGAUUUCUCAGCCGUCAUCCCGAAUCUCGCUCUUAAAUCCGCAAUUAUCAGCUGGUGUAGACAGAAAUCGAUCCCCCCGCCGAAGCCACUCGGCUCCGCCGCCGCGGAGAAGCUCGUUCGCGCGUUCAUGGAGAAGACCCAGAAAUCGAACCCGAGCCCGAAAGUGUCGGUUUCUGAGAAGGAGCUUAUCCAAGCGAUCAAGGAUAAGCCCUCGGUGAGGCUUGACCACGCCGCGACGGAGCUGGACCGGCGACCGAGUCACUUCCACUCCAGCUCGAAUGACUCAGUUGCGUCCUCGAGUCUCCCGUUCCAGCUCACGACUCGGCCGAGUUGCUUCUCAUCGCCUUCCUCCGCCGAUAUCGAGACGUUGAACACAAACCCGAGCCCCGAGGAGGAAGCUCUGCUCGUGAAGCUGAAAAGCCCACGACUCUCGGAUGUAGAAGAAGCUCUGAUUUUGUUGAGACGCGUCACGAGGAUCGACCAGGCCUCCAGAACUCGGUUCUGUACGGCGCGACUGAUCUCCGCCCUCCGGUCGCUGAUCAUCUCACGAUACGCGGCGGUUCAGGUGAACGCCACGGCGGUGCUGGUGAACCUCUCGCUGGAGAGAUCGAACAAGGUGAGGAUCGUACGAUCAGGACUCGUCCCUCCGCUCGUCGACGUCCUGAAAUCCGGUGGCUCGCCAGAGGCCCAGGAACACGCCGCCGGUGCCAUCUUCAGCCUCGCCCUCGACGACGAGAACAAGACGGCAGUCGGCGUCCUCGGAGCCCUCGAGCCGCUUCUCCACCUCCUCCGGGUCGGGACCGAGUUAACCCGGCACGAUUCGGCCCUGGCUCUGUACCACCUCUCGCUCGUCCAGAGCAACCGGAGCAAGCUCGUGAAGCUCGGUUCGGUCCCGGUUCUGCUAAACAUGGCGAGAACGGGUCGGGUCCUGCUGAUACUCUGCAACAUGGCGUCGUGCCCGAUGAGUCGUCACGCUCUGCUCGACUCGGGCGCGGUUGAGUGCAUGGUGGGUCUGCUACGGGGGCCGAACGAGCUGGACGAGCUAACUCGGGAGAGCUGCGUGGCGGUGUUGUACGGAUUGAGUCACGGCGGUGGGUUGAUAUUCAAGGGACUGGCGAUGGCGGCGAACGCGGCGGAGGUGCUGACGAAGGUGGAGAGAACGGGGAGGGAGCGUGCGAGGCAGAAAGCGAGGCGGGUGAUGGAGGCCAUGAGGGCGAAGACGGAAGAGCUCUCGUCGGAGAACGAAGACAUUGACUGGGAGGAGUUGCUUGACUCGGCGGCGGUGACUAGGACUCGGCGUCGAAUCGGCGGCGGCGAGGGCGAGGAGUCUUGCGCUAACUCAUCCGAGUUUUGACCCUUGGCCAACUCGGAUUUUCUUUCACUUUUUUUUAAAAAAAUUUAUAUUUUCAACUUUGCUUCUGAACCGUGGGUUUGGGCCUUUUUUUUGUUAUUUUCCGGUUCGAGCUUUUAAAAUUUGAAUAGCAUUAAUAUGAACGAGGUUGGGGAUUUGUAAUUAAUUGGAAGAAGAGAUAUUUUAUUGAAUUUUUGUUGAAUCAUA